UUUAAAAAAUAAAGUACAAAAGAUUUGUUGAAAUGCUGAUUCAAGAUGUUGAGACUUGUUGAGGUUUGAUAGUCAAACAGCUUUCAUCUUGACCCAUCCCUUGGUAUCAAAAAUUGAUUAUAAUAAUGACUUUAAUUUGAUACUUUUGUGUCCAUUUGUUGUCUCUACCUUUCAUGGUUUACAUGACAGACAAAACUUGAAACUCUUUUCAACUCAUGAUUCUAUAAGCUUUUCCUGGUAAAUAUAUAAUAUCUUGCAUUUACUAUCAUUUACUUUCCUGGUAACAAACUCAUUCAACUUUCACUCCUACCUUUUAUCCACUAUAAAAUGUACAACAUGAAAAACUCCCAGUCAUCAUUAUCGCAACUUUGAGUGUUUUUUGCUUCAAUAUUGUAACUUGUUUUUUUUUGGUGAACACAUAUUCGUCAUUCCCAACAUCGUCAUCAAUCUCAUCCAGUUCUGAUCAUCAUUCUGAUAGUGAUGCUAUGAAGUUAUAUGUGAAUGCGCGUGCAAACACAAUCUGAUGGGAAAGUGAAAAGGAAGAAGAUAAGGAAGAGAAAGAAAAAGAAGAAGAAGAAGACAGAAAAAAGUCAUUUCCUUUUCAUCACUACUCAGUGACUCUUGUACCUAUACUUUGUGCUUGUGCUAAAAGGAGAUGCACAUCAACACCAAACAACAAUAACAAGUUACCUUUACUUUUGUGUCUUUCAAUUAUUUACAUUUUCUGUUCAUAUUCUGCUCUUUAACAGUUUCCUAAUUGUUAUGUUUAAAUGAUUGUCAACAAACAUGUCAAACAUGUGUUUAUGAAAUUGUAACAACAACGGAUUAUUGAUACAACAUUGACGCAAUUUCAUUUGUUGACAAAAAUGUCUAACUCUUUACUCAACUUUAAUCCAGCAAGUUUACCCAAAUGCCAUGGAUGCUCAGAUGUAAUACAAGAUAGGAUUAUACUUAAAUUAGGAUACAAUAAUGAAAGGCAUACCUGUUGGCAUUCCCGCUGUCUCUUUUGCCGUGAAUGUAAAACAAUGCUAUCAAUUAAAUGUUACCUUCGUAAUGGAUUACCUUAUUGUAAAGAACAUUUUUAUAAAAAUUUUGCCAAAACAAGAUGUGCUAACUGUGAACAAGGAAUCUCACCAACAGCCUUGGUACGUCGAGCUCAAGAAAAUGUAUAUCACCUGGAAUGUUUCAAUUGUAUCUUAUGUAAAAGGCCUCUUAACACAGGCGAUGAAUUUUAUUUAAUGGAAGACAAUAAAUUGGUUUGUAAACCUGAUUAUGAAGCAGCUAAACAAAGAGAAGCCUCAUCUAAAAGACCUCGAACUACAAUUACAGCCAAACAGUUGGAUGUAUUAAAAAGUGCAUAUAAUAAUUCGCCCAAGCCAGCAAGGCAUGUUCGUGAACAGUUAAGCCAUGAUACUGGAUUGGAUAUGAGAGUUGUUCAGGUCUGGUUUCAAAAUAGAAGAGCUAAAGAGAAGAGAUUAAAAAAGGAUGCAAAUAGUGGUCAAUUGGGCAAUCAAAGACCUUUAUCGGCAUCUAAUCGUAAUGUUUGGCCCAACAAUCAAAACCCAUCUACACCGACUACUGACACGACGCCACCAAGUAAUGCAUCAUCAACCCUUCUUGCCAAUGAAACUUCAACCUCUUGUUCAUCGUGGUUUGAAGAUCCAAUCAUGGAUUCAAGUGAAGACGAAGAUUCAUUAAUCUCAGAUCAACAUUACUAAUCCAUUAAUUGAAAAAAUAAUCAAAAUGGAUGGAAAGUAAAGAGCCAAAUAUGAACCGUCAUCAUCACUACCCUCAUCACCAUCCUGAUCAUCUUAACCAUCCUCAUCGCCAGCAUCAUCUAAACCAUCUAUUUCCGUACUUCAGUUGUAUUGGUUUCUUUUCUAUUAUUAUCGUCUGACUACAUUAUUAUUCUUAUUGCUAUCACAAUUUAUUCAUUUCUAUUAUCUCCUCUUUCACCUAAUCUCGACUAGUCUACAUUGAUCAUGAAUCAGUGUAAAUUAAAUGUGAAAUCCAGAAUGGUGAUUGCAAUAGUAAUAAUUUGGUUAGUGUCGACGAUCAUAACAGCAUAAAAAACCAAGCCACUAAUUCUAAUUGAUUUGUGCAAUUUAUUUCAAACUCUUAACUAUCGUUGCGAUGAACCUCAUAAAGUUGACUGAAAUUGUAAAAUGAAUCUAUUUUCAUCACAAUUUCAAUGUAACCUGAAUGUGGCACAAUCCUGGUUAAAAAUUAUCUAAUUUGACUCACAUUGAAGGCAAAAAUAUCAGAAAGCCAGAAUUAAGUAUCCUUUCAGACUAUUGAAUCUGUUGUUUUUAUUUUCAUUUAUUUAAAGCUUAAUAGAUUUUUAUUGAAAAUUAGUUCUAAUUUAAUUUGUUUUUCUUCUGUUAAUGCAUAUUCAUAUUUUGAACAAUUACUCUUUAACAUCAUCAUUAACAUGAUGAAGAUGUUUUAAUUUCAAUGUUAACUAACUCUAACCAAGGGUAUCCAUCGAUAUUACAUCCAGGUUUAAUUGAAAUGAGGGAAAAUGAUGAAUCAAAUUUUGUAUUAACUAACCAUUUUUUCAUUUAAUUUAAUUUUGUUCACAAUCAAAAUUUUAGUUAAAUUUAUCCUUCUAUUUAUGAGACUCGCAUAAUCAACAUGUUCAUUAUCAUCAUCAUCGUCAUCUUCAACGUUGUACAAAACAAAACCUGUGUUCCCCUCAAAGCUUACCUUCAAUUCACUUACCAUGUCUUACCAUUAACAUAUUCAUCUCUGUACCUGUUUCAUAUCUUUAUUAA